AUGAAGUCGUUGUUGUUGGUGGUGUUGAUGACGGUGUAUGCCGUUGACGAAGCAGCGGCAGUCUGGGGAGGAUACUGUGCCUUUAACCCUCGGACCAAUGCUCCACUGCAGGCAUGUUACAACAGUACGGACUGCCCCGCGGGCACCACGCGACACAUGUGGUACAACAGUCCUUUCAUGUGUCCCAUCGGCCAGGUGUGCUGCCUCGGAGCCAUCGACCGGGACGAGUGCGCGCUGUCUCUACACAGGUGCGACCCUAACGCCGCCUGUGUGAACACCAUCGGCUCCUACAAGUGCGUGUGUAACGCGGGCUACAUGGGCAACGGCUUCACCUGCACAAAUAUCAAUGUCGACGAAUGCUUGUUGGGAACGCACACCUGCCCAGCCUCGAUCUCGACGUGCCGGGACACGGUUACGGGCUACACGUGUAUCUGUAUCGCAGGCUAUAGCUGGGAUGGCUUCAGGUGUCGAGAUAUUGACGAGUGCGCUACUGGGCGUCACAACUGUGGAAUACGAGGCCCAGUGUGUGUAAACACUGUGGGUAGUUUCAGGUGUGAAUGUGCCGCUGGUUUCCGCUGGGACGGGUUUACUUGUCAAGGUGAACAGAACGUUAAACUAUCGUUUUGA